AUGAUGUUAGGCGGUGAGACGGCCGAAGACCGACAUACGCCAACUAAGCAACGGGACCCUUGUGAUCCGUGGAGAAAAGUUCCGUCACGAAAUGUCGGGGGCGUAUGCUUUGUCGUCCACCCGUCGAUUGUCCUUCUCGUCGACUCAUAUGUGAUUCUUUCCCCUCGUAUAGCCGUCUUCCGUGUUCAACUGUCGCGUCAUAAGAAGAUCACUAGCAUCAACUACUACUCAACGACCGACACAGCUGAUGAGUACGAAUUAAAUGCGUUCUACUAUCAGUUGGAGGAAGUUAUCCGCAAUGGUAAAGCAUGUCAUAAAUUUGUUGUUGGAGACUUCAAGGCCAGAACAGGAAAGGCCAACGAGAGCGAAUAG